AUGUCUUACUCGCGUGGAACAGAACUCGACCCCCUGGUCGACCAAUUCCAGCAUUUGUCCACGAAACGUCGCGCAAAUGAAGCCCUCCAUAUCCUCAAAAAGACUGCCUCGAUAGUGAAGCCCAUCAUGCGAAUUCGAAAUUGGCGUGUUGGAAUGCUCUGCGAGUUCUUCCCCGAGGACCCCAACCUGUUGGGGCUGAACGUCGACCGUGGCGCAAAGAUCUACCUCCGCUUGCGCUACCCCGGAGACGAUACACAAUUCUUGCCCUUUGAGAAUGUUGUCGACACCAUGUUGCACGAGCUGUCUCACAUUGUCCACGGUCCACAUGAUCAGGCUUUCAACGCCCUGUGGGACAAACUACGCGACGAACACGAAACGCUCCUUCGCAAGGGCUAUACUGGCGAAGGAUUUCUCGGCAAGGGAACUCGGCUGGGCGGUCGGGGCAUACCCAGGGCCGAGCUCCAACGACAAGCUCGUGCGGCGGCGGACAGACGUCGGCAAAUAUCUGUCCUCUCGCAAGGCAGCGGAGGGAAGGUCGGUGGCCAGGGGAUCUUGCGAGGCCAAAAUGCUCGAGAGAUUAUUGCCGCCGCUGCCGAGAAACGCAAUCGCAUCAGCCGCGGUUGUGGCAGUGCCGUGCCCGACAUGAGCCAAAAGAUCAUGCGAGAAGAGGCGAUCAAGAAGGAAAAAGUCACCACAACCCAGGCCGACAAGGCGGACGAAGACGAGGCGGCGCUGAUGCAGGCAUAUAUCGAAAUGAUUCAAGAAGAAGAGGCACAGAUGGUUGGCCCGGGAUACGUCCCUCCGAGCCAACAGAACCCGACGGGAGGUGUCCAGAAGGGCAAGGGUGUCUUGCCACCGGUUGACACGAGGUCUCUCCGGGAAGAACAACUUCAGAUCGAGCGACAACUGCAACAGCAGGCACGGUCGGGCAAGGAGUAUGAGCCGGAGACAAAACCAAAAGCAAAACCGCCCACCCCCCCUCUGAACCACCCACCACCUCAGCUGCCUCGAGACGAAGAGACCUGGACCUGCGAAGUUUGCACCCUCAUCAACCCGAUCAACUACCUCCUGUGCGGAGCCUGCGAAACCGAGCGGCCGGAAAUCUACGCACAACCGACUCCUGCACCUGCCGGCGGCUCGUAUCCCCCUCCCAAAUCUCAAGCCAACACCUCCGUGCCUCGAUCCUCGGGGUCCCGCGCAUACAGUGCUCACCCGAAACCCCCGUCCUCCGUGCUGGCCCCCCGCCUCGGCGCCGCCGAUAACAUCGCGCGCUUCGAAGCAGCCGCCAAGCAGAAGGCUCAAACCAAUCCGCUGGGAUGGACCUGUGGACGGUGCGGAACGUGGAUGGAAAAUCAGUGGUGGACGUGCAGCGUGUGCGGACGGAUGAAAGACACGUCAUGA